AUGGACACCACCAUACAAGGCAUAAUCACACAAAAACAAGUCAAAGAGAAAAGCAUAGUCACACAAUUACCAAUUGGAUAUAGGUUUAGCCCUACACAAGAAGAGUUGAUGACUCAUUAUUUGAUCAACAAGGUCCUAAACACACCUCUUCCCUCUCAAAUUAUGAUGGAGAUUGAUGCAAUUGAGUUCUAUAGCAAGCCUCCUAACAAUCUUGUGUCAAAUCCAACAAAUGGAAGAGAUUGGUGCUUCUUGAUCCAAUAUGAUGAAUAUUUUUAUGGUGAAAGAAAACAAAUUAGAGAGGUUGGAAAUGGAAUAGGAUUUUGGAGGUCAAUAGGAAUUGAAGAUCCAAUCUAUAACUCCAAUGGAGACAUUUAUGCCUUCAAGAUCAAUUUCAGUUAUUUUUCAGGAUCAAUUCCUAAAGCAAAGAAAACACAUUGGAGGAUGGAACAAUUUCGAAUACACUUCAAUUGUGACACAAAAACUUUAAAGGGAAAUGAAUGGGUGUUGGGAAGACUAAAAAGAGGGCAAGAUUACAGUAAACCUCGUUCUAAGUCUGACUGA